AUGGCUGAUAGGAAAUUUUCGAUUCAUAGGAAAUCUUUAUAUAUUAACAGUCCUGUUAAUAAUUAGAAUUUUAUGAUACCUGCACAAAGAAAAAGUAUUCUAGAAAGUAUUAGCAAAAGACAUGAUAGCUGUGAAUUAAAAACAGGCUUAAUUUGUACUGAUAAUCAUAUGAAAGAGUCUAACCAUGAAGCUAACUAACCGAUAAUAUAAAGACUGAGUUAAUCUCAAAAUAAAGAUUAACUCAGCUCGAGCAUGAGCUUACAAACAUAAGAAGAUUUCUAAAAAGAAUAACACUAAUUAGCUUAACAAAAUUUAUCUUAAGAUAGUUUUUUGCCAAUUACUUCUACUAUUAACAAUAAUUUAGCUAGAGAAUAUGAUUUAUCCCAAAAAUAACACACUUAAUAGAUAAAACUAAGCUGCUAAUUUAGCUCACUCUAAAGCAGUCCUAGAAAGUCUAAUCUUUACAGACAAAUAAAUAACCAAUUGCUAUAAUAAACACUUAGCCCCAAGAAUAAAGAUGUUUAACAAAUUAAUUAUAACUAAACUCGCAUUAAGCAUCUCAAAAAAUAAGAAAUUAUGCGUUAUUAUGGACAAAUGUUUAAAGAAGUUUAGCUACUAAGACUUUAACCUCAAAUGCAAGAAAGAAAAAUGACAUAUUAAGCAUUUCAUUAAAAUGAUUAGCAAAAAUAAUAAAAUGAUUUUGAUAUCUUGAAGGCUAAUUCAGGGUAAAUUUAACAUGUAAAGAAAAAAUAGAAUAAAAGAGGAUUGAUGUAUACUAAUGAACUGUGGAGUGAACCUUAUUAUAUAAAAAUACUCAAAACCUCUUAGUUGGAUUAAAUAGAAAAUAAAAUUAAAACAGAAAAAAAAUAUCAAACAGUCUAAGAAAGUGUUAAUAAACUCGAUGAAUAUUUUAAAUCUCUUGCUGAUCCUUAAGAAGAUUAUUCGCGAUUCCAGGGAGUGUUUAGCAGAAAGAAAAUAUCAUUGAAAUAAGAUGAUCUACUUAAAAAUUACAUAAAAACUCAAGUGAAUUAUGAAAAUUAGCUGUAAACUUAGAGGAAAAUUGCAGACACUAUUAGCAACAAUCUUAAAAAACCUUAGUAAAAGAUUAAGCAUUAAGAAUCUAUUGUUGUUGAAUAAUAAAAUAGUUAAAUUGAAAUUCUAUAAGACAAAAAAUAAUUAAUGUUAUUUUAAGAUUGUUAAAAAGUUGAAGAAAGUCCAAGAAUGAAUUAAAUUACUUCAAUAAAUAAAUUUUUAAUUAAAAAUGACUUUAAAGAAGAAUAAAAUGAAGAUUUUUAAAAUAAUUAUGACAAUGAUUUUUAUAAUGAUUAAAAUUUAAGACAAAUUAAUAAAUUAGAAGUUAAACCUCAAUAAAAUUUGCAAAUAGCUAACUAGUAUUUUAAUUAGCCACAAGAAAAUAAAAAAAAGAUAAAAGAAUUUAAUUUAUAAUUAAAUAACACUAAUUUUUUUAAAUCUUAUGAGAAGAAAUUUAUUGAUGGAUCACAAUCAACAAGAAAUAGCAAUGAAAAAUAAAUGCCUUUAAAAAAAAUAGGAUUUGAAACAUCAAGAAACAAUUCUUUAGAGUAAUCAACAAAGUCUUCUCCAUAUUUUUAAAGCUUAAAAAAUAGUAGAACUAACUCCAUUUACACCACAUCUACAAAUAUGGAAAAAUUGGAAUUAAGCAGAAAAAACUCUGAAAAAAUAUUUUAAUAAACGAAUCCAGUUUAUUUUAAUUAAUGUAAAAGACUAUACACUGAGGGCUCUUUUCUCAGUCAAAAACAGUAAAUAUAACCAGAUAGCAUUAUAGAAAAAGAUCAUUAAAAGUUUAGAGACAACAUAAACUAUAUUUUAGAGGAAUGCUAAAAGAUUCAAAAUGAAAGCAAAUAAAUAAAAAGUAAAAUAAAUGAGAAGAUGAAAGAAUCUUAAAUAUACAACUAAAUUUAAUUAAAAAUAUUAAGAAUGAAAUAGUAAAAGUAGCUACUAACAGAUUUUAAUUAGAAAUCACAAGAAUAGAGAGACUAAAUUGAUUAAAGAAGAAAAGAAAUAAAUUUAUAUUAAUUUGUAAAAGGAGAUAAUAUUUUAAAGCAGAAUAGUUGA